ACCUCACUAAAAACCCUUCUCAUUUCUCUCUCUUAGGUUCCAUUUUCAUUUUCUUUUGCAGACUCAGUUUCAAGCACUUUCUCUCUCUAAGUGUUGUAGAAGAUGAAUCUGAACAAGGUGAAGAUGCCAAAAAUGCCCGGUGGGGGUGCAGCUUCUGCCUUAAUCAAGCUGGGAGUUGUUGCAGGGCUUGGCAUUUAUGGAGUUGCUAACAGUCUCUACAAUGUUGAAGGAGGCCACCGCGCCAUUGUUUUCAACCGUAUUGGGGGAAUUAAAGAUGAGGUGUAUCCCGAAGGAACGCAUUUUAUGAUCCCAUGGUUUGAAAGGCCAGUCAUUUAUGAUGUUCGUGCACGACCCCAUUUGGUCGAGAGCACUUCAGGAAGUCGUGACCUUCAGAUGGUAAAAAUUGGUCUUCGGGUUCUCACUCGUCCUAUUCCGGACCAGUUGCCAACUGUUUAUAGAACUCUUGGUGAAAAUUACAACGAGAGAGUACUGCCUUCUAUUAUUCACGAGACUCUCAAAGCUGUGGUCGCCCAGUUCAACGCUAGCCAACUUCUCACCCAGAGAGAGAAUGUGAGUAGGGAAAUACGGAAAAUACUCACAGAAAGAGCUGCCUCCUUCAACAUUGCAUUGGAUGACGUGUCAAUCACCAGCUUGACCUUCGGUAGGGAAUUCACCGCUGCAAUUGAAGCCAAACAGGUGGCGGCACAAGAAGCUGAGAGGGCCAAGUUUGUGGUCGAAAAGGCUGAGCAAGACAAACAAAGUGCCAUAAUUAGAGCACAGGGAGAGGCUAAGAGUGCACAGUUGAUCGGUGAAGCAAUUGCGAACAAUCCAGCAUUUAUCACACUUAGGAAAAUCGAAGCAUCCAAGGACAUUGCACACAUUCUUGCAGCUUCAACCAACAAGGUGUACCUCAAGUCCGACGAGUUGCUGCUGAACCUUCACGAUCUCACCUCCUUGGCAGCUCAGAAGUAGUAAAUGGCUAAAUUGCCCUCCAUAUUGGAUCGUUGACUUUUCCUUAUUGAAAUCUUAAUUUUGACUUUUGGCCGUUUUGAGUAAUUAGUGACAUAAAAAACGGUAUUUCUCUGUUUCUCCCCCCCACCUCGGAAAUAGAGGAAUUCGACAUUGCAUCGUAGACUAAAUUUAGUAUUUGUUUUCUGAUGAUGUUUUUUUUUGUUUGGUGGAACAAAAGUUAACAUUUGAUAUUUCUGCUUGUUCUUGAGUUCAACUUUACGCCUUAUUAUGAUUCGAGGUUAUUAAUUAAUUGAGUAUUAAUUUGUCGAGGUG